AUGCAGAUCGCAGCAUCACGCGAUCGUCCGCAGAUGGCGGCUGCCGCGACCGGAUGGAGGAGGUUCCCAUGGGGGUUGAUAGUGGUUGCCGGUGUCACAUUCCCCUGCGCCGUCCUCUACUACGCCGCUGGCAUCUCCGACUUCCUGCCGCAGUCCAGUAGGAACUCCCCAACUCUAUUGAAGAACGCCUUCUCCUCCCAAGCUCCGAGGACCGAUGAUUCACCUAAUUCGGUGCGCUCCCUCUCUCUCUCUCUCUCUCUCUCUCUCUCUCUCUCUCUCUCUCCCCCGUUCUAGUACUCCUAUCCGGAACUCUUCCCGUGUUCAUCCUUGGCCCUCCGCUUCCGUUCAUUUCCUGUGGUUUUCCAGUAGCUUCGUCUUCGGAUGGAUGCGGACGUUUUUGGCUCCUAAUCGGUGAGUUGUAUUCUCAGAAACGUAUAGCUUCAUCCUGACCGCGACAUCACUUUUUUGACCGACGGAAACGUACUAUGCAGCCGACGGCUCCUGUCUCACUGGAAAGGCCGGAAUGAGUAAGCUGUUGCCUGCUUGGUAGUUUCUCCCUGGCGACUCUGCCAUCUGCGUUUUCAUGGCGACCUCCUUUCCUUUGUUCCCGUCUGCUGGUACCCCCCGAUACGGCGCCUACGGUUGAUUUCUGCGUCCUUUCUCGUGAUCAUCGCCUUUUUAUUCCACGCCCAAUUAAUUCUAGCGGGAAGCGCGGUGUGCGUUUUGGCACCUCGAUUUCCUCCGUCGAGUCUUUCGUAACGAAUGCCAUGCCGCCGGAGCAGGGUAGCGACAAAAUCAAGCUGAAAACUGUGCUGAAAGAAGCAGCCACGGUGGAUAACACUGUGAUACUGACGACGUUGAAUGAGGCAUGGGCGGCUCCCGGUUCUGUUCUCGAUCUCUUCCUGGAGAGCUUUAAGACAGGAGAGAGCACGAAUAGGCUUUUGAAGCACCUGGUGAUCGUCGCUCUUGAUGAGAAGGCGUACGAGAGAUGCAAGUCUACGCAUCCCCAUUGCUACGCUUUGAAAACUCAAGGAGUGGAUUUCUCGCAAGAGAAGUUAUUUUUGACGGAGGAUUACCUGAAGAUGAUUUGGAGAAGGAUAUAUUUUCUGAGAGUCGUCCUGGAGAUGGGAUAUCACUUCAUUUUCACGGUAACUUUGAACUUUUAUAUUUCGCCUGAAUUUUUGUUAAGAAUAUUGAUGUCCUGUUAUUUUUUUAACUUUUCUUUUUCUCAAAACUUAUUCGGAAGGUCACAGUAUCCUGGGCCUACCGUUCAGAUAGAGCAUGAGUAACGGAUUUCCAGUCAGAUUGAGGUUUAUUUGUCUAAAGUUAGCCUCUAACACGUAGCACAAAGUAUAGAUUUCCGCUCUUUUUUCUUCUCUACUGGGUAACGUCCUUGAGCCUCUCUUGUACGAAGAUAACCUUCAGCGAUUGGAGCUCUUCUUUCAGAAACAGACUUAUUCUAUUCAUGUCAGCUUUAAUGACACCUUGCCGUGGGAUUUUGAACUGGCUUGAGGUGCUAUAUUUAUAGAGAUGAUUAAUGGUAGAAUUUCAUUCUUACUGCACCGUAUUCUCCACCUUAACUUAAAGUGAACCAAGUAUGAUUUCCAGAAGGUUCAAAGCAGUAGUGCUGCUGGAUAGAGUCAAAUCAGUCCAGGUUUCGGUCAUUUCGAUCUGGGUCAGCUGGAAUGUGGCAAACGUAAUCCAAGCUUGCCCCUCGACAUCAUUUUGAGUAACAUUAGCCUUCCCUGUCAUGAAUAUCCUCCCAGUCGUCGGCAAACGGCUCCAAGGUACCAAAUUUAAUGCUGAGGUUCACAUCAACUUUUAAAGAUUUGCGGCGUACUUCCUGAACUUUUAAACUUGUCGAAUCCCAUUUGACAGGGACAAAAAUUAUUUCCUUUUCUGGACCAAUUAUUCUAGCCCUACAUUUCUCCAUAAAUCUGCAUUUUAUUGUUUCCAUUGAAUCGAGCUUUGAUCUUACUGAUAUACGCACGCACGAAUACAUAUCCAUGCAUGCAUAUGUACUUAUGUAUUUCUGGUAUUAAGGUUCAACCUAUUGCUGCAUCGAUUUUAAGGUGCAGACUAACGGAAAAACACACGAAUUUCAUGGUCUUCAAAUCUGGUCUCCAUCUUCCAUCUUCCGCAGUUCAUAUAAAGGUCGAUCUUUUGUUGCAGGACGCUGAUAUAAUGUGGUUCCGGGACCCCAUGCCGUUCUUCUACAAGGACUGCGACUUCCAGAUCGCAUGCGACCGAUUCAACGGCAACCCCGAUGACAGAACGAACAGCAUCAACGGAGGGUUCAAGUAUAUAAGAUCCAACGAAAGAACAAUAAAGUUUUACAAGUACUGGUACGACAAAAGAGAGGAGCACCCGGGCAGUCACGACCAGGACGUGCUCAACCACAUCAAGGGCGAUCAGUUCCUCCGCGACAUUGGUCUGUGCAUGAAAUUUUUACCCACCGUCCACUUUGGGGGGAUAUGCGAACCCAGCAGCGAUUUCAAUAAUGUAUCCACCAUGCACGCGAAUUGCUGCAUAGGAUUAAAAGAUAAGUUGAACGACCUGAGGAUCAUACUGGAGGACUGGAGGCUGUACAACGCUCUGUGGCCCGGCGUGAAGCGCCCUCAGGAGCACAAGUGGAGAGUCCCCCAGGUCUGCAGGUAA